UUUGAAAGAUUUGUCUUUUUAGAUUCUCCAGUUUAUGCUGUGGAGGGAAAAGAUUGAUUCUUGGUUCCCAAGUAAAAUUAUUCUGAUUUUAAAGUCCUCUCAUUUCAUCUCCAACAUGAAAACUGUUUGUUAAAAAUCGCAUAUUUUUUGUGUGCUGUUGUCUGAAUUUGUCUAGUAUGGAAGCUUUAUUUCCAGCUUCUUUCACAUCGAAUGUGGAUUGGUUUGAUGAUCAUCAAGAGAGCCAAAACACAUACUGGACCAAAGAAGAAAACAAAAUAUUUGAGCAUGCUUUAGCCAUAUAUGGUGAAGAUGUCCCUGAUAGAUGGAUCAAAGUUGCUGAGAUGUUACCUGGGAAAACCGUCUCCGAUGUGAUUAAACAGUACAGGGAAUUGGAAGAAGAUGUUUCCGAUAUCGAAGCCGGCCGAGUUCCGAUCCCGGGCUAUUUCGGAUCAUCUUUUACAUUGGAAUUGGUUGAUAACCAUGAUUUUGAUGGUUAUAGGAAGAGGACUAAUGGAGCAAAAGGGCAUGAUCAUGAAAGGAAGAAAGGUGUCCCAUGGACUGAGGAAGAACACAGGAGGUUCCUAAUGGGGCUUCUAAAGUAUGGUAAAGGGGAUUGGAGAAACAUCUCAAGGAACUUUGUGGUUUCCAAAACACCAACACAAGUUGCAAGCCAUGCUCAAAAGUACUAUCAGAGGCAGCUUUCAGGAGGGAAAGAUAAGAGGAGACCGAGCAUCCACGACAUUACGGUCCUUAAUCUCGCCAACACCGCUGCAUUUUCGAAUGACCGGAAGCCGUCUUCUGUAAGCCAGUCUGACGUUCUUGCAUUGCAGCAAAAGCUGGCCAGUGUGUCAAGAGCUGCAGGUCUUAAUUGGAAUCAGACCGAAGAUGGAUUGGGUACGGAUGGCAACCGGUUUAUGUCCUCGAAUGGUCCGAGACUUCCAGGGCAAACUCUGUAUGGCAAUGCUUAUCAUGGAGCUCAUAUGAAACCCCAAAGCUCCGUCUUCUGAACAUGUACAAGGCCGUUUUUCUCUGUGGUAAUCGAAAACGUUUCGAUUUCAUGAUGUUAAAUGGUUUGCUUGUUCCACAAUGGUGGAGUCAUGUAAUGUAAACUUGUAAUAAUAAUCGGAUUAUGAAUCAAAGGGAAGAAAAAAGAUCAGAGAGGACGA